AUGCCGCGCCGUUUUUGUCUCGGGGCGCACCCAGCUGCCGAAGCAGCGGAUAUCCUGGAUACAGCCUGCAUCGACAAUGUUUCAUUCGGUUGGCUCACCGUCGCCCUUCUUGCGCGCGACUGGGGAUUCGGAGAAGUCGAGAUAAUCGUCCGCGAUCGAGAUCUCAUCGCAGCCCGGGACACUCUAGCCAGCGCAGGCUUCCGCCUCUGCAACGACCAGUUCUGCGACCAACUGACCGACAGGCGCCGCCCUUUCCUAGGAGGCGGAGACAGCGCAGCCCCAUUCAUGAGCCCAGAAGAGUUAUACUCUUCAAACCGGCCCAACAAAAACCAUCAGCCCCCCGCAGCCCACUUCCACCUCGACGUCCACUACGAAUUCUGCUACGUGCUCAAGCUCUACAAGAAAAGCAGCAUCCUCCGCUGCAUCCCCGUCCUGGAGGACGACCCGCGCAACGACGAUCCCAGCUGCGUCUGGUUCUCGAAUGACCGGCGUUUACCUGCGCCUGCACCGCCGGACGAACAUGGGCCCUCCGGCCCCUGGAAUGCUCUGGGCCCCGUGCGGAUCCUGAGCCCGGCUACGUUCGUUGAGGUCCUGACCAUGCUUAGGUGUCGGGACUGCGGUCUCCCCCGCGAGCUCGGCUGGCGUCAGAUGUGGACACAGUUAGCUUUGGCCCAGGUGCAGCUGGACAGGCCGCUCAGGCCUGAUUUCAAGGAUGUUUGGGAGGCUGCGGGCGACUUCUUUGUGCGAGGCGUUGGGGCGCAGGAUCCGUUGCCGAAGCUGAGUGACCUUCGUCGGCGGCUUAUUGCUGAUGGCGAGAUCCUUGCCGAGGAGCUCCCGAUUGUGAUGACCUUCGGGUGCAUUGGGGGACCUCAAUCUGCCAGGGGGUUUGAUUUGGAAUUCAAGCGUGCGUAA